UCCAACUUCCAAAUUUAAAAUUUUAUUUUUUAUUUAUUUUUAUAUUCAAAAUGUGACGAGUUAGUUUUUACGUACUUAGGUUUUAAUUAAAUAAAAAAAAAUAUGUAUCCAUAUUUUUGGUAUUACAGACGGCCAACUAAAAUGAGCGAAUAUGGCCUGAAAAGAGUUCCUGACUACACUGAACUGGCUUAUAAGGAGGCUGUGUCCAAGUUGAGAUACUUUUUGUCUGGAAACUACGCGCCAAGUGUUCGUAGCUAUGGUGGCUCACCGUCACUGAAGAAUCUGGACGAGUCUGACGAUUUGGACAAGAAGUACGCAUCGUACAACACCCUGACCGAGUACAAGCCAAGGCCGCGUCUGACUGCCAAGUACGCCACAUUGUACGCUGAUAGCCUGAACAAUUAUACACCUCAGCAUGUCAGCUCGACACCGAAUGUGACCAUGACUCCGGUCGACCCCACCUCUGCUCCAAACCCUGACGUCAUCAACUUCAUUCAGAAGCAGGAGGAGUACAUUGAACAACUGGAAAGAGAGAGCCAGUAUUGCAGGGAUGAACUCAACAACCUUCUGGGUAAAGUGAAAGAAGUGAUAUCUGAAAACGAGAACCUCCACGAGGCUCAGAAGAACAAGCUGAUUUCCAGAAUGUUCCACUCAUACAACGGCGGCUCUGAAACUGAUGAACUUGACGACUUGGGUGACAGUACUGGCUUGGAUAGCGAUAAUAAGACAACACCAAAAUCAAGGAGGUGUAUGAAGGGCCGGUCGUCAUCUGUCCGGCUCGAAGGACCAAACAUCGUUUUCGAGUCCCGCAUUGCUGAGUUGGAAGCUCAACUGACACAAGCUAAAAUCGACCUUAAGAAGGUGCAAGAAGAGAACAAUGAAAAUAAGCGCAAGUUGGCAUCUGGCUUGGUUGACACAACCUGCUUAGACGGCUUCAAACGUCAAAUUGACAACUUGCAAAGAGACAAGUCGUCCUUGGAGGCUCAGAUAGAGAAACUCAAGCUGAGUCUGGACCAGAAGGAAGGUGACUUCGACGGUCGGUACAAGCGGUCAGACGCCGUGGAGCAGCAGCUCAGGGAGGAGAGGAACAACUUGGAGAUCGAGAUUAGGAGACUCAAGGAUGACCUAUCCAAGGAGCGGUCCAAGGUCCGGGAGCUGGCCAGCGAGGGCUCCCGGCGCGCGAUACAGGAGCGAAGCGCGGCCGAACAACGUUACAACGCUCAUUUCGAUGAGCUUCAACACGAUCUUGCUGCUCAGUAUGACAACGUCUCUAAGCUGCAGCUGGAUUUGGAACGCCAGCGUCGUGAGGAGAAUGACUUGAAACGAGAGUUGUCGAUGAAGAACUCAGCCAUUGAAGAACUCAAGAUGGAACUGAAGAACAAGACAUCAUCUCUCCAAGCGGAUCUUGCGCAAGCGCAUGCUGAGAAAGCAUCGCUUGAAGAAGAGCUGGCGAGCGCAAGACUUGCCAUCGAGAGACACCAACGUCAAGCCAAACAUGAGGCCAAUCGUCUUAACUCUGAGAUACAAUCCCUGCGUCAGCGUCUGGAUCGAGCUGAUGCGGACGUGGUGCACUCGCGUCGAGAAAAUCUUCGUCUUUCUGAGCAAAUUUCUACUUUGGAGAAAGAGUUGAACAUGAAGAAUCUGACCCCAGUGACUCCAGAGAAGAACAAGAAGGAACUAUCAACAAUGAUGGAAUCCAUGGAGAAUAAACACGCUAAAAAGGUGGCUGGGUUGGAGUCCAUGAUUCAAUCUCAAAACAGUCUGAUGGAGAAACUCACCGGCGAAUGUCGUUUGCUAACAGACAAGCUCGACGACGCAAAUCGUAGGCACAAGGAAGAACUGGCCACUUUGCAGCGUCAAGUAGAGAGCAUCGGCCGGUCACUGCAGCCGGUUCCAGCUUCACCUAGCACCUACCAAGCACCACCCACGCGCACGCCUUCAGCCGACCGAACUGUACCACAUCCCCCGUCCAAUGCCGGACCAGACCAUCCCCGAGCUGAGUCCACCAGAGUCCCCCAAGAUGGAGACUCAGUCACAAACAUCCGACCAGACAGCGUCGACAUUAAUGACCACCGAACCCCAAGAACAGCAAAACAAGACUCUAGAUCCUCUUUACUAGAUAAAAACGUUAUAAAUGACGGUACUGCUGCAGUUGUGAAUAAUAUAGAAGAAAAUGUUAAAGAUGAUUAUGAACAUCAAAAGGAUAUGGAUGUCGAACAAAUGCAGCAACAAGACUUUCAACCAGAAAUGUACAAUGAAGGGAAUUUUAACUACGAACAGAAUUAUGAACAAAAUCCGGAACAAUCUUACGGACAAGCUCCUGAACAAACUUAUGAAGAACAUCAAGGUGCGGAAUAUCAGAAUGGAGGUUAUGUGCAAAAUUAUGAACAACAGCCUUACACGGGACAAUAUGAAAAUUAUGAGCAAUAUCCCGAACAACAGUAUGUUGAUCCUAAUGCACAAUAUGAGGGACAGUAUGAGAAUUACGCCACUGAUGGUAAUUACGAACAGAAUUAUGACAAUACGCAGUAUAAUCAGGAAUAUGCCAACAACGACGCAACCAUAGACAAUCAGAAUCCAAAAUACGAUGAAAAUAUUGCCCCCACACAAGAAAUUCAAGAAAAACAAGCCACGCAAGAAAUCAAAACAAAUGACGCGCCAAAAGAAUUAUCUAGUCAAAGUUAGCGAGAUUUAUAGAUUUAUAUUUUUGACUUGUGCAAUAUUAUGUUUGUUAUUAUUAUUUUUUGCAAAUGUUUUAUGUAAAAUGUGCUAAAAUAAAUUUGAGCUUUUGAUGUUAGAAAUUAAAUCAGUUAGAUUUAUCUGUAUCUAUACCGAAUUCUUAUUAUAACGUUAAAAUCUGCCUAACCUGUCGGGAAAAGUGUGAAUUUUGAAAUCUUCAAAAUUAUGUUCACAACAAUUCACCAAAUCUGUUAAACACUGUAUGUUUAUAUUAUUAUAAGUAGGUUUACGGCCUUAUUUUUCUCGUAAUAACGAUCUAACUCUUGUCAGUGGAUUAAAAGUUCGUCUUUUCUACCAUAUUUUAUUUCCUUCAUAGGUAAGUAAAAAAUGUAACAUAGAAAAGACACGUUCUGUAGAUCAAAAAACAUAACAAUAAAGAUGUAGCACAAAAUGUCUAUUUAGUAAGUACCUAAUACUCGUAUGAUAGGUACAAUAACGGACAGAAAGGUACAGAUAUUCCUAAUUGAUUG